AUGAUGAGCUCGGAGCUGGACCUGAACGUCUUCCAGCGGCACACCGUCGAAGACCAGGUAUCGCUGAUUAUCCAGGGCAUGCACAGCGACCGACGACUGCGGCGCAAGUUUGGGCUGCAGGGCUCAGUGAGCUUUGAGAACCACGCCAACACGCUCAGCUCGGAGUCGCAGCUGGAAGAAGACAUGGAGCAGCUGACGGUGUCGGGGACCGGGCGACGGCGGUCACCACGCCUGCAGGCUAAAGCAAAAAAGACACGACCGUCAGGCUCGACAGAUGCGGCAGAAGCGGAGGACGCUGGUCGCAAGAGCACAGCGAGCUCGUCGCGUCCUCGGGCCGACCAGUUCUGCGUAUACAACACAGGCACGACUCGAAACGCUCAGGACCACAUUGCGGCCUUCAUCCUGGAGUACAAGGCGCCGCACAAGCUCCCGCUCGGCUACAUCUACGAAGGGCUGGGCGAGAUGGAACUCGACGAG